AUGACAAGCAAACAUAGUGCUGUAUUAACUAUAACCGAAAAGGGUGAUUGGAGAACUGCGAAAAAUGGCGAGAAGGUAUGGCGGUAUAUGGUGCAAACGGCACCGACGAUGAGAGCUCGCUGCAGAAAAUGUUCACAACCUAUUUUAAAAGGUGACCUGAAAUGGGGAACUCCUAUACGUCAUUCCCAUGGAGCGUAUGGGUGGAUUACCGCCUGGCAUCAUGUGGGGUGUACGAGAAUUGCUGAACGUAAGGGCUUUAGUGACAUAGUACAUGGAAUAGACUUACUUCCACCUGAGAAACGGGCGCAGGUCGUUGCGGAGGUGACAUCCGACUCGAUGCCUGAGCAUUUACUACCUUUGAAUCCUGACGAUUUAGUAAAAAAACCUCUUCUUCCCGAAACUGAAGCACCAGCUGAGUUGCUAAGACCACUUCUUCGUUAUCAAAAGGAGGGUCUUGGCUGGAUGGUGUCACAGGAGUUGUCUCAAGUUAAGGGGGGAAUAUUGGCUGAUGAAAUGGGUAUGGGUAAAACAAUCCAGAUGAUCAGUCUUUUUCUCGCCCGUCGCCUCGUGGGACCUACACUGGUUGUUUGCCCAGUUAGUUCAAUGCUCCAGUGGGAAUCUGAGGUGAAAGACCAUGUGGUGUCCGGUUCCCUUUCGGUGGUAGUGGUGAGCCGUACCAAAAAUGUGAGAAGGGAUGAUAUUCAAAAUGCUGAUGUGGUUUUGACUACGUAUCCGAUGCUCGAACAGUCUUGGAGGGAGCUAGUCAACAAGAAAAGAGUUCCAUGCCCUUACUGCCAACAGCUUUAUUUGCCGCGGCAGCUUGUUGUGCACAAUCGGUAUUUUUGCGGGCCUCAUGCAAAGAAAACUUCUAAACAGGCGAAGCGUGAAAAACGACAAGGUGGCACUGGUUCUUCUCCCACUCGAAAAGUUCAAGCAAAAGAAACGAUUAUGAAGGGGCUUCGUACGUUGCGUGUCGAUGUUGACGAUAACGCGGAGGAAGGGGAGGAUUCUGUGUUCGAGGAAGGACCACGGGGUGUUGUUGGACCAAUGGGCUUGUAUCGUGAGCUCAUGGUUGAGGCCGGGCGCAAAGUUAGGAGCCGUUGGGACCCCGCGUACGUGGGAAGUGACAGCAGUGGGGAUACCAACAAUUCUACCACAGAAAGUUCCACCUCAUCGGAACGGGAUGACUCAGAGGAGGUGUUGUCGAAAGAGGAGGUGGCCGAUGACAAGCUUAGCUCGUUCCGGUGCUUGCACUGCGGGUUUCAGUUGCUACGAUACCCGUUUUGCCCUAAGAUAGGGCAAUGUCACGUUCUCUCUGAUUAUAUGAAACAAAUAAUUGAGACUGACGACGGUAGUGACGGCGUUGACCUAUCUCAAUCAGUUUUCCACUCGGUAACCUGGAGUCGGAUUGUUCUGGACGAAGCUCAUAGAAUAAAAGGUAGCAACACAAGUACGUCAAGGGCUGCCUUUGCCUUGGUAGGUGAGCACAGGUGGUGCCUCACGGGAACCCCUCUACAAAAUCGUGUAGGGGAUGUGUACAGCCUGGUUCGUUUUCUACGGUUGGCGCCUUAUGCAAGGUAUUAUUGUGGAACUGAGGGGUGCUCCUGCUCGUCCUUUUCUCAUCCAUUUUCUGGAAAUGAUUUACGACACUGUAUAUUUUGUGGUCAUGGACCGGUCCAACAUUAUGCUUAUUUUAAUCGCCAUAUUUUAAAUCCUAUAAUACGUUAUGGUUACGUUGGCGACGGCAGGCGGGGAAUGAUGAUGCUCUCUAAUGAAAUCCUCCAGAAGUGUAUGCUGAGGAGGACGAAGGCCGAAAGAGCAAGCGACUUGCACUUGCCGCCAAUGACCGUGGAAACGUUCCAAGUAAAGCUGACCGAUGAGGAGAGAAGCUUCUAUGAGUCGUUGUACAAAAAAAGCACUGCCGCUUUUGAUACCUUUGUUGAGAAAGGAACGGUGCUUCAUAACUAUGCCCACAUCUUUCAACUUUUGAGUCGUUUGAGGCAGGCUUUGGAUCACCCACUGAUUGUCAUUAAUUCUAUGAAUGUCGGUGGCUCGUCGUGCUCGAAGGGGAUGUGUGGAAUUUGCACUGAGAGUUGUGGAGAGAACUCAGUACAGGUUGACCCUUGUAAGCAUACCUUCCACCGGAUUUGUCUUUCGCAAUUUGUCGAAAGCCAACCUUUAAAGGAAUAUAAUUGCCCUGUGUGUUAUGUGGCUAUCAACAUCGACCUGCGGAGUCUACACUCAGGGUGGGACGAAGACGGUGCCCAACCUGUUCUUCCUCCAGAGUUAGUUCACUCAGACAACGAAAGCGAUGAAAACAACGUUGAGGAGGAAAGUAAAGGGAGGAAACUAGAUGAUUCUGCGGAGGGGAAAUCCGCUCGAGCGAGAUCGGUCAAGAAACGAGGCAUACUCUCCCGGAUUGAUUCAUCAAAACCUCUUCGAGGGACGAAACUGGAUGCCAUAACAGAAUACAUUUGCAGCAUUCCAGAGGAGGAAAAGGUAAUUGUGUUUUCUCAAUUUGGGGAUACUCUGGACCUCAUUCAGUUGUGGUUACAGAAGGUGAAAGUAAAGACGGUGAAACUUGUGGGGUCGCUCAUGUUAUCGCAGCGGCAAGCGGUUCUCAGGGCUUUCUUGCAUGAUAAGAGCGUUCGAGCCAUCCUUAUUUCUCUCAAGGCCGGUGGGGAGGGUUUAAAUUUACAAAUUGCUAACCAUGUUGUACUUGUUGAUCCUUGGUGGAAUCCCGCGGUUGAAAUGCAGGCGGCGCAGCGAGCCCAUCGUAUUGGGCAGACGCGACCCGUUCGCGUGGUCCGUUUUGUCACUGAACGUUCUGUAGAGGAGCGCAUGUUGGAGUUACAAGAAAAGAAGAUGCUGGUUAUUGAGGGGACUAUCGAUGGUAAGGUAAGUUCGCUGCAGAGUCUUAGCGAGGAUGAUCUUCAGUUUCUGUUCACGAGGUAG